AUGGCACUUUAUAGUGAUCUCUUCAAUUUCGAUGAUAGUAGACAAUCUCACCAAGCGAUUUUCGGAGAAGAGCCUCAUCAUCAUUCAUCAUGGAUACAUGAACUAAUAGCUGGUGCAGCCGCUAUGAAAGCCUACGAAGAUUAUGUUCAUAAUACUGGUACAGAACUAUCACAUUCGACAAUGAAAGAAAUGCUUGCUGGUUUUGCGGCAGCCAAAAUUGAUAAACUUUUUGAAACAAAAGGGCUUCACUUUCUUGAUCAAGAAGAGGCCAAACGUCGUGCUGCUCAUCAAGCAUAUCAACUUGCAGAUGAAACUUAUGGAUCUGGUGGGACAUUUAAUUGGUAA